CGUCGAGAGCCAUGGCUUCCAGCUCCUGCCCGCCGUCCCCGCUCUUCGUGCGGGUGUCGGAGUCCAGCCGCCGGGCGCAAUGGAAACUGGAAAACUACUUCCAGAGCCGGCAGUCGGGCGGCGGGGAGUGCACGGUCCGGCUCCUCGACCCAAGCGACCUGGGCAAGUCCCCAGGCACCUACCGGGUGGAGUUCAGAGACCGGCAAGGGGCACAGAUUUUCUUCUCUGGAAAUCCCAACUACUACUAAUCUGCAAGUAACCAACUCCAAUACAAAGAUCUAUGAAGAAAUGAUAUCCUGGGCCAGCUGAAGGCUUGGAGGUUAAGGCAAGCUACAACUGCACAUUUUGAGUCUCAGACCUGGUGACUGGAAAAAAUGUGCCAGG